CUCUGCUUCAAUCGGUGAUUCCGCGCCGCCACACCGAGUCCUUGUUUGAAUUCAGUCCACUCCAUUUUCAUUCAUUUUAUUGGUGUCGUUAGAUGAUUGUUACCAUGCUGGGUUUUGUGCGAUUCAUUUUCUGGGACUCUUUUGUUACGCCAUUGUCAGUAAGCUGGAGCUAGAUCUGGUGUUGGAGAUUAAUUCAUAGCGUCUAGCGGCCCCCAUUUUCUUUUUUUUUUUUUUUGGGGGGGGGGGGGGGUUCUCAAGGGGGUUCGUGCUGACUUCUGAUUCACAGGUGUAGCUAUCUAGUUCAACAACAUAAUAGCUAAAAAAGGAUAAUAUAAAAUAGAUAUGAAGUGUGAGAGAGAGGACAAGAAAACAACAGGAAGUUGGAUGACAUUGUAAGAUCAUUAAGCUUGGAGAAGAUUUGAAUGCAAAUCACCACUUGGGUUUUGUGCUUCAUCGUAUUUUGGAAUCAAGAAGAUGAAUUUUGCAGCAUCUUUAUGCAGAAGAUUGAAUCUUAGGGAGCUGGUUACAAAUGCUCCCGUUUACAGCAGUGCUAGUGAGGUUUCUGUGGAUGGAUUGAGUUUGAUGUUUAGGCGGUGGGCUACCAAGAAGACCGCAGGAUCCUCAAAGAAUGGAAGGGACUCAAAACCUAAGAACCUCGGGGUGAAGAAAUUUGGUGGAGAGAGAGUAAUACCUGGAAAUAUCAUUGUACGACAGCGUGGCACCCGUUUCCAUCCAGGAAACUAUGUUGGAAUGGGGAGGGAUCAUACUCUUUACGCUUUGAAACAAGGCCUGGUGAAGUUUGAGCGAAAUAAGCUAACUGGAAGAAAAUGGGUACAUGUCGAGCCCAAGGAGGGUCACGUGCUUCAUCCUGUGUACAACACAGAAGCCGUGGCUCCAAGGCUACAGACAACUGCCUAAAUCUCAUUGUCCACAUCAUGUGCUGAGACGUGUUCUGUCCUUGCUCUAAUUAUGUCUUUUGGUGCAAUUUAGAGCAGCAUAUGUAUUUGAUUUAGAAUCUCAAACACUUGAAUGAAUAAUGAAAGACUGCUUUAGAAUGUAAUGCGUAUGCUCAGUAAAUUUCAUGGUCUGGGAGGCUGUGUGGCUGAGUUUCAUGAUGUUUUUCCUCUGUUUGCCCCAUGUAAACUCCAUAUGCUGUAUGCCGUUUAUGUUUAGACUAGGUGUCUUCCGGUUAAAGCUUGUGAAGAUAAAUGUCUAUCGAAUUGCGUUCGGAGCUC